GGUGGCCAGCCUCAGCGCACAUGCGCAGGCCGGAAGUGAAGCGCGGCCAGCGGCGGCCGUUUGUUCCGGCGCGUGCGCACAGCGGUUGAAGUUUGAACUUGAGUUUCGGCGGAUUUGGGUCGUGAGCGAUCGCGUCUCAAUAUUUAGUAUGUCAAAACGAAAAGAAGAUAUUUCUGAGGGAACGCUGCCCGUAAAGAGAAUUAAAACUGAAGAUAUAAAGGACUGUGAUGCAGAGGAAGCCAAAACGACGAAAGGGAAAACUGUGACAACGAAUGGACAAAGUGGAGACAGCCUACCUCCAAAUUCAUUCUUGAGUGAAGGUGACGUAGGAAUAAUUGAAAGUAUUUCAUUGAAAAACUUCAUGUGCCAUGCCUGCCUUGGACCUUUUAAGUUUGGACCCAAUGUAAAUUUUGUGGUUGGAAACAAUGGAAGUGGGAAGAGCGCUGUCUUGACUGCCCUUAUUGUAGGCCUUGGUGGAAAAGCUACUGCCACGAACAGAGGAUAUUCUAUAAAGGGAUUUGUGAAAGAUGGUCAAAAUUCUGCAGAUAUUUCGAUAACAUUGAGAAACAGAGGACCUGACGCUUUUAAACCUGAUAAAUAUGGAGAGGCUGUUAUUGUGGAACAACGUAUUUCUGGGGAUGGAAUAAGACAGUACAGAUUGAAAAAUCAAUCAGGGCACAUCGUUUCUACAAAGAAGGAAGAACUCAAUACAAUAUUAGACCAGUUUAAUAUCCAGGUGGAUAACCCAGUGUCAAUUUUAACGCAGGAGAUGAGCAAACACUUUUUGCAAUCCAAAAGUGAAGCAGAUAAAUAUAAGUUUUUCAUGAAGGCUACUCAGCUGGAACAAAUGCGAGAUGAUUAUUCCUAUAUCAUGCAGACGAAGGCACUAACCAAUGAGAAAAUUGAAAAACAGGAUGAAAACCUAUCAGAGCUAAAGGAUCAAGUUAAGCAAAAGGAAGACCGUUAUAAAAGCCUAUCUUCAUUGAAUGAAUUGCAAGACAAACUGGAGCAACUUCGGAAUCAGAUGGCCUGGGCAUUGGUAAUUGAAGUUGAAAAGCACCUGCAACCGAUAAAAGAUCGUAUUAAAGCUGAAGAAAGUCGCAGCGUCAAAUAUGAUCAGAAAGUUGAGGAAUGGCAGAUGAAAGUCAAUGAGGCAGAAGAACGUUUUAAGACAGUUCAGAAUCAAUUGCAGAAAAUUACAGAAGAGGCACAAAUAUUGCGACCACAGUGUACAACUUUAAAAGAUGAUGUACAAAGAAAAAACAAAGCAUGCAAAGAGACUGAGGCAACAUUCCACCGCUACAGGACACAGUUGAAGCAACUUGAAAAAGACCACGAUCAGUUACAGAGACGAAUUGAACAACUGCGAAAUAGCAUAACCCAAAGUUCAGAGGCUGAACUUAAAGAACGACAGGAAAGAAUUAGCUGUCUGCAAAAGCAAUUGAAAACACUGGAGGACCAAGAGGCCACAACCUCCCAACAGCUGGCACAGUUUCAACAUGCAAUUAGCAAGUCGAGAGAUGAACAGGAGAAGCUUGGAGAAGAAGAAAAAGAUGUGAAACAAUCUGCUGAAUCCAGAAAGGAGCGGCUCAAAGAACUAAAAGCCAGUAGAACAAACCAGCUGAAAAGGUUUGGAGAGAACAUGCCUGCAUUACUUGAUGCAAUAACGGAAGCACAUAAACAAGGUCGCUUCAGGCACGAGCCAGUUGGUCCUUUAGGUGCUUGCUUCAAAUUGAAAUAUCCUGAAUUGGCUUUGGCAGUUGAGAGUUGUUUGAAAGGACUACUGCUUUCAUUUUGCUGUGAUAAUUACAGAGAUGAGCAGGUGCUACAGAGUUUGAUGUCACGCUAUUUCAGUUCAGGAAGACGACCCCAAAUUAAUGUGUGUGAGUUUGCAAAUCAAGUAUACAAUGUAAAGGGCAGAGCUGUCCAUCAUCCAGAUUUCCCAACAGUUCUUGAUGCCUUGGAAAUAAGUAACCCAGUUGUGGCAAACUGUCUAAUUGACAUGAGAGGAGUGGAAAAAAUCUUGUUAAUCAAUAGUAACAGCAGAGCUCGCGAAAUUAUGCAGCAGCAAAGACCACCCGCAAACUGCAGAGAAGCCUUUACUGCAGCAGGUGACCAGGUUUUUCCCAACCGCUACUACUCCUCGGAAACAGACAGGGCAAGAUACUUGGGUGGUGAUGUGGAAUCAGAAAUCGGUCAACUCGAAAUGGAAGUGAGCAACAAGAUGGCUAAGUUGUCACAUUUUCAGCAACGAUUGCAGUCAAUAAUAGAAGAAAUUCGGGUAAAUGAUACUCAGAUGAAAAUGAAACAAAUGCAUAAGAGGAAAAUCCAGGAAAGUAUGACAAAAAUAAAGCUAGAAAUUUCAGAUUUGGAGAAUGUGGAUGAGCCACAGUCUGUAGACAUUUCCACAUUGGAAGAAGAAGUACAAGAUAUCUGGCACAGAAUUGUAUCUGGCAGGAAUAAGCUGGAAGAAGCCAGGAAAGAUAUGGAUGAGCACCGAAAGAUAGUGAAUGAGGCUGAACAAAGGUGCAAAGAGGUGAAGGAGAAGAUCAAUUUAAUAGCUGAAGGAGCUGAUCCAAUUAAGGAUGAGCUAAGUAAGAUUGACACAGAAGUUGGAAAAUGUAAACAUCAUAAAAGACAUUAUGACGAGAAAAGAAAAGAACACUUGGAGGGAAUAGAUAAGCUAAAAGAGAACCUGGAAAGUAAAGAAAAGGUUUUGGAGGAAAAUACUGCUAAAGCCAAGCAGAUUUAUGCAGAGCGAUUGGAGGUUGUCAGAACUCCCAAAAGUAUUGACGUGGAGAUCAACCGACUGAGAGAGAGGAUCAGCACAGAGCAAGAGCGCCAUGGGAACAAAGAAGAAAUUACCAGGCAGUACUUUGAUGUUUUGGAAACAUACAAGAAUGUCAAAAGCCAGAUUAAGAACUUGAAGAAGUUUAUGCAGCUGCUUGAUAAAAUAAUGGAGGAAAGGCACAAAGCAUAUAAAAUAUUCAGGAGGUACAUUUCUCUUCGCUGCAAGUAUUAUUUUGAUUCAAUGCUGUCCCAGCGUGGUUACCAUGGGAAAAUGAGUUUUGAUCAUAAGAAUGCGACACUUUCAAUUGCUGUUCAACCCGGGGAGGGAGACAAGGCAGCACUCAGUGAUAUGAGGUCCCUGUCUGGUGGUGAACGCUCAUUCUCAACUGUGUGUUUUAUUCUUUCGCUAUGGGACACCAUGGAGUCUCCUUUCCGUUGUUUAGAUGAGUUUGAUGUUUAUAUGGAUAUGGUUAAUCGGAGAAUUUCUAUGGACAUGAUGCUCAAAGUGGCAAGUUCUCAGCGUUAUCGCCAGUUCAUCUUUCUUACACCACAAAACAUGAGUUCUUUGCCUUCCAGUCGCUUAAUUAGAAUCCUUCGUAUGCACGAUCCUGAAAGAGGACAGACCACACUACCUUUCCGUUCACGAGAUCACGCUGAAGACUCUGAUGAUUAAAUGGCUAUUAUGUAUAUUAUAAAGAGAGCUUAAUGGUUUGAUGUGAAAGGACAUUCAUUUACAGUUACUAUUUCAACAUAUACCAGUUCAGUUUUAAAAGAUUUUCACAUUGAAACAUGUCCAGCCACUGUUUGUUUCAGGUCUUAACCAUUUUAUUUUAGCCAUUUCCAUGUUCUGUUUGUAGCACCUUUUAAUUUAUAAUCUAUCCAUGACCUAUGCAUUCAUGUUCAUAAAAGCCAUAACUAUUACAUGUAUGACUGCAUCAAAUAUACAUUUCUACCAAAAUUAUUUUUUACAGUUACUACCUGAAGGGAAGGGUUUGGUAAGCUUUGUAAUCUUUUGUCUAAACAGAUAAACGAAUGUCGUCUUGGUGAAACUUAGUGAAAAUAUAACAUUUGUAAGUUUCAAUAUUAAAUGUACAAUAAAAUACAAUUGUAAUUUUUAAGGUUUUAACUUCUGUGUAUUGGUUGCAAAAUAUGAGAAUGUUAAGCUGAAAGUUAUAAAUUAUUAAUGAAUAAAUCUUUUGCAAUGACUUUUUAAUUCUCUGUAGUUUACAAAAUAUUCAUAGGCGAAUUUUGAAAACUUGGUGCUUUUGUUGUCCUUUCUUCCAUGUUUGUGUUAUUUAUUACAGUCUGGAAGCACUGUGUGGAACUUGUUUUUGUUGGAGCAUUUGCAAAUUUGUACCUCUGUUUCAAAAAGGGACAAGGAAUAAACCCAGGAACUGUUGGCCAGUCAGCCCAACAUAAUUGGUGAGGAAAGUUGUAGAAACUCUCUAAUCUGGGAGAAAAUAAAUUGGCAUUUGCAAGUAUAAGCUAAUAAAUUGAAAAUCUCAAAAAAAAAUGCUGUUGACAGAUCAUCUUUGAUUAACUUGAUCAAAUUAUUUUAAGUAAUGGAGUGGAUUAAUGAUUUGAUUGAUGUGGUUCAUAUUAUUUUUCACGAUGAAGUACCACAUAAUGUACUUUAAAUUAAAGCCUGUCGAGUCAGUGGCAACACAAAUACAAAAUGACUUAAAGGACUGAAAGCAGAGAAUGGUGAACAGAAGUUUUUUCAGACUGGAAGUGGGUUUGCAGCAUUGAUACCAUAUAGAUCCCAUUUUAGAAUCACUGCUCUUUCUGAUAUAUAUCUAUCAAUAAUGUGAAAAUUGCAGAUUGCACAUGUAAACAAUAAAGAUGUAGAGGUUAAGGGGAACAUUAGACAGACCGCUGAAAAAGGCAGUCAAGCGGAUGAAAUUGUUUGAAGUAAGAGUUUCAAAUGAGAAAUUAAAGGCAAUAUAAAUAUAAUGGUUUAAUUUAACAGGAGCAGCAAAAAUAGAGACCUGAGGUUGUACAUACACAAAUCUUUGAGGGUGCUAGGACCAGAUGAAAAGAUUGUUAUCAUAGAGGUAAAUGAGAUCCUUGAUUUUAUUAAUAAAGAAAUGGAUUAAAGAGUCAAGUAAAUUAUGCACAACCAUUGCCAGAUAUUAGGUUAUAGCAGGAUUAUUGUGCUCAAUUCUGAGCACUACACUUUUCAAGGAACAUUAUAGUUUUCAAGACAAUGCAGAAGAUUCUUGUCAGAAUAUACCAGGAAUGUCGCAAAAUUGAAGAGAACAGAUAAAUUAGUUAAAUAAAAUAAAGAACUGCAGAUGCUGGAAAUCUGAAACAAAAACAGAAAUUGCUGGAGAAACUCAGUAGGUUUGGCAACAUCUAUGCAGAGAAAACAGUUAACAUUUCAAGUCCAUUGGACUCAAACCAUUAACUCUGCUUUCUCUCCACAUGUUGCCAUGAAAGUUAGUUGUUAUUGUAAUAAGAAAGGCGAUGAGAAAAUUUUGAGGUUUUCAAAGUCAUGUACAAUUUUGAUUGGGUAAAUAAGGAGCAACUUUGAAGGUGGUAGAGUUGCCAACCAUAGUACACAGAUUUCAGGUUCUUGGCAGAAGAAUUAGGGUAACAUUAUGAAAUAAGUAAUUGUCAUCUUGUAUGCACUGCCUGAGUGUGUAGUGGAAGCAAAUUCAGAAGAAAGAUCUAAGAAACAAUAGGAUAGGUAUUUCAAGGGAAAAUAUUUAUAGGCAAUGGAAAAAGGGCAAGGGAAUUGGAUUAAUUUGGAUAUCUGUACCUAGGAGAGAGAAAAAGCAAAGAACCAGUAUGAUGGGCUGAUUGGCCUCCUGAACUGUAUCAAUCCUAAUAAACAGUUGUUCCUUCUGUACUCUUAAUUCUAUGAAUCAAACAUCACAAAGCUUUUCUCAAGUGAGGUAAAGUUGUGCAUGUUGGAUUAAUUUAUAAAAGUUUAGUUUUUUUACAACUUGAUGUUUGCAAUUUGGUUUGGAAUCUUUCAAUAAAAACACUCCAUAACAAAAUCCCUUUUA